CCACACUGUUCAUCUUCUACUUCUGCACAACAACCAUGAUGCACAUGUACUGCAUUAUCAUUGUCUUGCAGCUGCUCUCCCUCACGGGGGCCUCUGAGAGUGGCAUAGUGGGUGGGAAGGUCGCAAAGCCUCAUUCCAGGCCCUACAUGGCAUCACUCCAGUUUGAGGGCCAACAUUCAUGCGGUGGAAUGCUCAUUCGGGAGGACUUUGUUUUAACGGCAGCACACUGCAAACAACCUCGCAUAAUGACGGUGGUACUUGGAGCACAUGACAUAAGCAAGAAAGAGAAAAGUCAGCAAUGGAUCAAAGUGGCCGAGUACCAUAAACAUCCGAAAUUCACUGGACAAUACGAUAAUGAUAUCAUGUUGCUUAAGCUAAAAAACAAUGCCAGUCUGACGAGGUAUGUGAAGGCCAUCGGACUGCCUAAGAAAGACGGGAAAAUCCCAGCCAACAUCAACUGCGCCGUUGCCGGCUGGGGCAGAACCGGUGCCAAUGAGCCGUCCUCAAAUGUACUGAGGGAGGCCAAGGAGAAAAUACAAUUCAGCUCUGAGUGCAAAAGUAUAUGGCAACAAUUCUUCAAUUCUGAGCAAAUGAUCUGCACCAAAUUGGACAAAAAGAUGGGAGGGGUUUGCCAGGGGGAUUCCGGGGGACCACUUAUCUGCAACAGUAAGCCUCAGGGUAUAACGGCUUUUACCCUGAAAGAUGAUUGCAAUAAUCCCAAAUAUCCCCACGUCUUCACUAAAGUCAAUUUCUUUCUCCCGUGGAUUAAGAAAGUGAUGAAGUGAUUGGGGAAUGUUGCAUGAGCCACGGCUCUGAGGCCACGGUUAUUGUCCUUUCCUCACUUGCUUAUUGAACAACAUGGCAAACAUUUAGUGAAUCAAUGGUCUUGGUUUUGAAAAAGAAUUCAUGAAGCAAAUGUUUUGCAUGUGAAAAAAAUGACAAAUGACAAAUGAAUUGGAAUUAAAAACUUGGUGAUUUAACACAAAUUUUCACUGUUCAUAUAUAUAGCAUGUGCCUCUUACCUUUUAAAAUAAAUCAUCUUACU